UCCCGCAUAAAUGCUUCACGUGCGUCCUUCGCUAGGCUCAGCGCGCAGCAGUAUCGGCGGUCCUUCUUCAGUGGCACUGUGCAGGCCAUCUAACUCGCGUAGCCGACUGGUUUGUCGCGCGUUCGAUACCUCCAGCGGGGUACCUCCCUCCAUGGGCCUGCAAGCCCCCGCCAAGGCGACGCCAGGCCAGACGCUGCGUGGCCAUGGCGCGAACGGCUGGAAAGACGCUGGCUGGGAUUACAAACAGCCCAAGGAGCUCUCGCCGCAGCUGCGUGAGCUGCUAAUGCACUACGGCCAGCUGUCGCAGGCCACAUACGACAACCUGGGCCUGAACCCCUGCGACGCCGCCACCUGGGGUUACACCACCACCAAGCCCGGCACCAGCCUCAUCGACUACCUUACCGCCGAUUACCCGCUGGACCCUGAGGCCCGCGUCACCAGCAAGGCGCCGGGCACCGGCGACGUGUACCACCUGCCCCUGAGCGACCGCCUUAGCCCCGUCAUCUAUGCCCAGGCCGGUGGCGAUGACCCCGACGCCGCAGUGGCUGCGGUCACCGCCGGCGCAGGCAGCGUGGCGGGCGUGACGGCGCACUCCGCCACCAUGGCCCGCAGCGUCAAGAGCCCCUGGGGCCUGCUCGACGGCGGCGUAGACGGCGUGUUCGGCUUCCUGGCCGGCAUCCCCACCGCCAUCAUUGGCGGCGCACGCCCGCUGUUCAAGCAGAACCCUGCCACCGGCCGCGGCACCGUGCCCCGGCCCGCCUUCAUGGGCUAUGUCGCCAUCUCGCCCUCCGCCGGCGCCGGCUCGGGCGGCGAGGUCGAUGUGGCGUUUGUGUGGCGAGGCACCAUCUUCAAGGAGGAGUGGGCGGCCAACUUCGGAGCGGACCAGCUGGUCCGCUGGGGCGACAUGAGCGCGGACGGGCACGCGCUGCCCUGGCAGGUGGGCGUGCACCGCGGCUUCCAGGACCUCUACCUGCGCGCCGCGCCGCAGCCCGACGCCAAGACCAUGACCGGCGCGCCGCCGGAGGGCGCCAAGUCCGUCGCGCCCCGCGAGGUGGUUCACAACUGGAUCGUGGAGCUGUGCCGCAACCACAACGUCACCACCAUCAGCACCACCGGGCACUCCCUGGGCGCCGCGCUCAGCACUGUGUCGGCGUUUGACAUCGGCGAGGAGGUGGAGCGGCUGUGGGCGCCCGCCAACGAGAAGGAACGCGCGGGCUGGAAGACCACCGCCAAGCCUACCGUGACCGCCUUCGCGUUCGCGCCGCCGCGCGUUGGCAACUGGAACUUCGUGCGCACCUUUAGGGACAAGUACAACGUCCGGCAGCUGCGCAUAUGCAACGUUCACGACUUCGUCCCCAAGGUCCCGGGCGGCUGGGUGCAACUGCUGACCACCCUCCUCGCCAAAGUGGGCAUUGACGUGUACUCGGACAUGGACUCCGCGGCCGCGCGCGCCUUCGCUGGCUUCUACACCUGGGUCAGCGCCGCCACCGCACUCCUCUGGCGCAGCCGCUGGGGCUACUUCCACGCCGGAACCAUUCUGGAGGUGGACUCCAACUCCGACCCCGCCUUCCAAAAGGUGGGCACCACGCCGCUCAGCGGCUUCAUGCAGCUGCCGUCCGGCAAGCACCACAACCUGGAGGUGUACCUGUACCUGCUGUCGCUCAAGGGCGUCAAGACCGACACCACCACCCGCAACAAGCUGUUUCUGAACAAGGGCGACGACAUCCUGAACGACACCAAGACCUACACGGCCGAUUGGUGGCGUGCGCCUGCCGACCGCCACUACCGGCUGCGGCCGCAGGACGGGCGCUGGGAGCACUACUAAGAUUGUGAUUGUAACGGUGUUGUUGUGGUGGUGAUUGGUGUUGUGGUGAUAUAUUUGGUGAGUUGAAGGGUUAGGGUGGCAGGGUAGGGGAUCUGCUUCCAAGGCGCUGAAGCACUGGUGCUCGUGCACGUGUGUGGAGACGUGCAGGUGCAAGCGGCGAGGGCACGCAGGUGUGCAGGUACCUGUGAUUUGGGGGCUGAUGGACUCAGCGGCCCGUGGGGAGCGUGCGGUGCGCUGUGGGUUAUGAUGGUGGGCACCCUGCAGCCUGCUGCUCCUGCGCCGCAUGUGGCGUGUCAGUUGGCGUGUCAUGGUUGAGUAAGGUCAAAUGUGUGGACCUGCUACAACAUGUGCGUGUGUAUGUUUGUACAUAUGCUGCAGCACAGUUGCGUAUACCGUAUGUGCGAUAGUGUAUCGUUGGUGUUGAAGUGAUCAACGGCCUGAGAGAGAUAUGGCCGUCAUGAACCGGCGCCGAGCGACCUUACCGAGCUGACUCGGCAGUGGCAGACAGGGGUGCGCACCGCUGGUGGCAGUCGCUAUGCACCUACGGGGUUGACCCGUGGAGGAAUGGGCGGGCGGGCAUUGGGGCAUGUACAUACCAGGGGUAUCAUAAUUGCAAUGUUGCACAGGUAAUAAUAGGUUACGAAAGGGGGGUACCCCUGCGUAAAUCAACACUUGCGCUUUGCUCGAAGACGGCUUGAGUUGUGAGGUGUGCAGGGGUAAAGGCUUUGCAGGAAGCACGGUAUGUAUGCGAAUUGCAAAACAGAAACAGAACAGUACGGGAUGCAUUAAGAUAUGAAUGCGGAUGUUACAGAGGGGACAGUCCCAGCACCCGAAGACGCCGAGCCAUCACAUGCUAUCAGGGCCCAACUUGACUCCAUUAAGAUAUGAGGGGACAAUCUCAGUGUGCAAGCACGAUAUGUCGGUAUGCAGCUGAGUUGGGAAACUACAAGAUGUCAAGAGGCUUGCACGACCCGGUAGAACUGCCAGGAAGGAUUUGGCAUGCUUUAGGUUCCGAGUAGCACAGCGGUGUGGGCCAGCGCAGCCAGGGGGGUACGUAUGGUGAGCGGAGGCCAGAGGCGGGUUGACCCUGGUUGACCCAUGCACGGGUUGGAUUCCCGCCUCUUUUGGGGGUAACAGGCGCGCCAUUUACUAGCGCUAUGAAGGAAUAGUGCCUGGGGCGGGGGCUCAGCGCUAUGCGCUCUGUGUGCGUGCUGCUGCCAGUUGCGGUCGCCUGGGAGGCUGGAGCAGGGGCACCCCUGGGCUGGAGCGCGGGAAGAAGGGGCCACACUGCCAAAGCAAGGGCCACAGGACGAUUCCCUGUGCUCAACUGCUGAUAGCCAACUGCAGCUCGUCCGCUCGACUGUAAUUCAAAGAGUGCCUAUGACUUAGCGAUACAUCACUGCUAGUUGGUGUCACCUGGCAAGCGCUGGACCCAGCAAUAAUGUCACAGGGGUUGUCAGAGAGCUCGUCGAGGUUUGAGCCAUUGGGUGCUGCUAUCACUUGAGAUUAGGCCUGCAAUAGUUUGAAGCACAAACGCUGGCAUGGAGCUGCGACCAGGGCCUAGCGUCCGGAUCGGAAAACGACUGGUCGGCCGGGAACUGGACGGAGCAAGCGAGUUCCGCCACUCCACGGCACCAAAACACAUGAAGAAUAGAUAUCAACACACUGUAAAUGACUUUGCACAGGAAGCCAGCUAAGUGGUUGGUUGUCCGUUCGAUUGACCCAUGAUGACGACCACUCGUCUGCUCGCGCUGACUUCUGCGGCUGCGGCGGCAGCCCCCGGGCCGGCUCAUACUACCCUGCCUCAGCCCAUACUACCCUGCCUAUGCGAAAAGUAACGGUGCUGAUUGGGCAAGGGAAACAAUCAGGGGAAGCACGGCGGGUGGGUUGGGGUGUUGGAAGGGCGGGGGAAGAGGGCGCGGGAGAGGGUCGACUCCAACUUGCCCUGAACUAAUUGUGGGGACCGGUCGGGCGCACAGAUGGCAUGUGGCACGCAACACUGUGACAGGCCUUGUGCUUUUGAACUAUGCACUGGGAUGUGCCGCACAGGACCUGCAGGGAGGCACUGGCAAAGAAGCGUCCGACCCCCGCUGUGCGUGCCACAGUGUGCCACCCACUGGCGCUGGUGUGGUGGAUGCGCUCGAGGAGAACUUUGACGGCCACAACAUGUGAGCCGAAACGGCACGGUGCUGAUUGGGCAGGGGAAACAAAUGAGGGGAGCACGGCGGGUAGGUUGGGGGAAGCAUGGAAGGUGGGUCUUGCGGGGGGUAUUGUUGUGGUGACACAGGUGACGAGCGGUCAUCGAGGUCAAUCGAACCGAUAACGAACCAAUGGCUGGACUCGUAUGCAGAAACGUAUAUAGUGUAUCGAGACCUAAUCC